AUGGAUAGCGUUCUGCAGAAGCCAGCUCCCCCUCCCCGGCUGGCAGCCAUGGGACCCCCUCCGGUGUGGGCAGCCCUCCUGCCUGCCCUGCUGGGGCUGGCCCCGAUCCGCAGCGCUGCAGAGGGAAAGACCCCCCCGGCCCAAUUCCUGAUGCAGGGCACAGCCGAGUGCCGCUUCGGUAGGGGCUCCCCGCCACGCAGGGUGCGCUUCUUGGCCCACUACUUCUACAACCAGCAGGAGAUCCUUCACUUCGACAGCGACCUGGGGGCGUUCCUGGCCGUGUUGGAGCUGGGCCUGCCCGAGGCCCGGAGCUGGAACAGCCGGAAAGACCUCCUGGAGAUGUACCAGGCAGAGGUGGACCUCUUCUGCCGGAAGAACCACGAGGCGGUGAGAGCCAUUGUCAGGCAGGUCCAGCCCACAGUCACCAUCUCCCCCAGCAGGAACGACCCCCUCUCCCCCCGCACCCUGCUGCUCUGCACCGCAGCAGGAUUUUAUCCCCCGGAGAUCGAGGUCCGCUGGCUGAAGAACGGGCGACGGGCGACGGAGGGGGUCUUCUAUGGAGAGGUCCUCCAGAACGGGGACUGGACGUACCAGACGCAGAUGAUGCUGGAGGACACCCCCCAGCGCGGAGACGUCUACGCCUGCCAGGUGGAGCACGCCAGCCUGGAGACGCCCAUCGCCGUGCAGUGGGAACCUUGGACGUCAGCAUCUGCCCGGCGUAAAAUAUGGACAGGGGUCACAGUGGCUCUAUUGGGCCUCCUCUUUGGGGUGCUGGGACUCUACCACUAUCUGAAAAGCAAGAACGGUGACGGAAAAGGUUCUUCCUUCUGCAGGGGCUCAAGGGAACUGUAG